UCGGGCCGGCCCGCAGCGGCCCGGGGCGCGGGAGCACGCUGGCCCCGGGGGCAGCCGGGGCUGCGCUUUGGCCGCCGCCCGCCCGCAGGCCGGGCCCCUCGGGCCUGCCGUUGCCAGGCUGACGGCGCGGCGCUCCGGGGGGGCAGUGCAGCAGCGCCGGGGUCGCUCGCCGUGCGGAGCCCCGGUGUAAGCGCCGCCGCCUGCGCGCUGUGCCGGCUGUUGGGAACGCGGGGCCGCUUCCACCCCGGAGCCGCGCUCGGGGGCGGGCGGGCAGCGCUACGGGCCGCGGGGGUCGGCGGCCGGCCCGGCCCGCGGGCGGGAGCGGCACCGGGGGCCCGCCCGGGAGUCCUGCCGCUGCGUCCAGCCGCAGAAGCGCCCGCAGACCCGGGGACCUUCCGUGACGGUGCGGCUUGCGUUCGGUGCCGUCAGCCCCCGCGCCCGUGUGUCCCUCUGCCCUCCCAGGCGGGACCGGCACCGUGAGUUAAGACUUCGAUUCUAAGAAGAAAAGAAAAGUGGCAGAAAUUUAUCAGGCUCUGAACAGCGACCCCAUCGAUGUGGCUGCGCUCAGGCGGAUGGCAAUCAGUGAGGGGGGGCUCUUAACGGAUGAGAUUCGUUGCAAAGUGUGGCCGAAGCUUCUAAGUGUUAAUACAGAUGACCUGCCCCCUCUUCCAGGAAAGGAGCUGCGAGAGGACAAUAAAGAUUACCAGCAAGUGUUACUGGACGUGCGGCGAUCCCUGCGCCGUUUCCCACCAGGGAUGCCGGAUGACCAGAGGGAAGGGUUGCAAGAGGAGCUCAUCGAUAUUAUCCUCCACGUCCUCAAGCGCAACCCCCAGCUGCACUACUACCAGGGCUACCAUGACAUCGUGGUCACCUUUCUCCUGGUGGUGGGGGACAGACUGGCCACAGCUCUGGUGGAAAAGCUCUCGACGCAUCAUCUUAGGGAUUUUAUGGACCCAACAAUGGAUAAUACCAAGCACAUCUUAAAUUACCUGAUGCCCAUCAUAGACCAGGUGAACCCUGAGGUGCAUGACUUCAUGCAGAGCGCGGAGGUGGGAACCAUCUUUGCUCUCAGCUGGCUGAUCACCUGGUUUGGGCACGUUUUGUCUGACUUCAGGCACGUCGUACGAUUAUACGAUUUCUUCCUGGCUUGCCAUCCAUUGAUGCCCAUUUAUUUUGCUGCUGUGAUCGUGCUGUACCGGGAGCAGGAAGUUCUGGACUGCGAGUGUGACAUGGCCUCAGUCCACCACCUCCUGUCCCAGAUUCCACAGGACCUUCCUUACGAGACUCUGAUCAGCAGAGCUGGGGACCUUUUUGUCCAGUUCCCACCAUCCGAACUUGCCAGGGAGGCCGCUCAGCAGCAGGCUGAACGAACUGCAGCUUCCACUUUUAAGGACUUUGAGCUGGCAUCAGUGCAGCAGAGACCAGACACUGUGUUGAGGCAGCGCUUCAGGGAGCGGCUCCGAGGGGAGGAGCGGACGAAAUCCAUCUUGACAAAGCCGAGGACCAACCGCUUUGUCAAGCUGGCGGUGAUGGGGCUGACGGUCGCGCUGGGAGCAGCUGCCCUGGCCGUGGUGAAGAGCGCGCUGGAGUGGGCACCCAAGUUUGAACUGCAGAUUUUCCCCUGAAGUCAGAGGAAGAGCCUUCCCUAUCACCACGUCCUUCCCUGGUGGGAAGGGGUGACGACUGAUGAAAGGACGUGUCCAGAAACGACUUGUCUGAAGAUUAUUUUUUAUUCUUGCUGCGUCCAGUGACGCUUUUGGCCUUUGCGACAGAGACUGAUGGGAACCAGCCCAGCAGGAUUGUUCCCCACACCGAUGCUCACCUUGUUCUCUCCUCCCUGUGCCAGGGUGAGCAGACAGGCACUGCCACUGUCUCGUGAGGAACCAGAGGUAUGGACGAGUCCAGCUGUACAGGCUGCGCACAGGUGACCGUACGAGUGGAGAGCUGUGUAUGGGCUAUGCCAAAACAAUCCCACAUUCUCUGUUGGGGAUAAUUAGUAGGAGUGAGGGCAGAUCCUUGCCUGGAAGAGAGUGUCACGGCAGGGUUUGGCCUAGGUGCGUGCGUGGGUGGGGGCAAGGGGCCGUUACACUCCUGAGGAACACAGGGCAGCCCUCUGGCUCUGUAUUGCUCCCAUCCGCAGGCUGCCAGCCUGUCCUGCUGUCUGUGUUCAGCUUUACCAGUGGUCCAGCCCUUCCCUUUCCUAUAGGCAACCUCUGAGUAGAGCCAAUCCUUUCACAACUCCCUGUCAGCAUCCUGCCAUAAGGUUCUGUCCAGCAUAUAACACUCCCUGGCUCUUUUUGCUUCCUCAUCUUUUGCAGCAUGAUCUGUUUACAGGAGGGAAGGGCAGGGGACAGGAGCACACCCACAGGAUGGCCAGACGGAGCUUAGCUCUCGGUUGCUGGAGCUCCUUUGCUGGCAGUAGCAUGACCGUAUCUUGGGUCUGCUCACCCUGCCAGAGGUAUGUGCUGUCAUGUGCCAGAUUGCAUCACCACAAGUCUUAGCGGCACCAUAAACACCCAUUGCGGACUUUUUUACAGCUCUGGAAGCAGGCUUUAACACAGAGAAAGGUUUUUUCCACCUUGUGAAAUGCUUUGCACAGGACAGAAGUCAUUGCGGUAGGAGAUCUGUCAUAAAUCUCACCCACAAGCUGAUCAGACUUCAGCAUCACCUCUCAGAAUAAUGCAAGUGAGGGAGUUUCCCAGAAAGGCCACCUCCAACCCCUGCAUAGCUCCUGGCUCCCCACCUGGUCCCAGUGACAGUCCUAGCGCUCUCUGCCCUCCAAGCUAAGCAGCAAAUCCUUCUAGACAACUUGGUGUCCCACUGAGACAAAGCCAAUAGACAAUAUAUGCCUCUACCUCUCCCCUGAGCUGCUAAACCUCCCGCAAGUGCCCUUACCUGUCCCUGACUGCUCCCACCCAGCUCCCCCGCCAUUGCUGCAUUGUGCCCAAAGCCAUCUGUGCCGUGCCCAGGGGCUGCACCCCUGAAAAUUAGGUGUUGGUUGAAGAGUUAUGGAUUUCGGGAUAGAGCAGAAAACUCACGCCCUGCAAAGCUCAGCACCCUCCUGUUCCAAUCCCCUGCCUGUUGGUUGAUAACUGCCUCUGGGUGAGUUCUGGUUUGCCCCACGGGCCCUUGCUCUCGGGGCGGCUGUGCCUUUCGGACCUGGGCAGAGCGUGCAAGCAGUCGUCACGUCUGCCCCAUGUUUCUGUACAGCUCUGAGCAGAGGAGUUUCCUUUGCAGGCUGAAACCCGGAACAUGUUGCAUCCGCUGUGCUGCACGCAGGGCAGUGACACCCCUCUGCUGCCCACCCGUGCCAGGGUUGGCUGUGCCAGUGGUGAGAGCCGGGGGCUGCUCACGGGUCUCUCCCGGUGCGGUUGAAGGCAGAGCCUGUGCCGGGGGCAGCAGCGGUGCGAGGCCGAGUGCUGGGUGACUUAGCACUUUAGAAACUUGUGGUGCAGGAGAGUCUGUGGUGACCUGGGGGUGCUGCUGGAGGUCCUGGGACCCCUCCAUACACUUCCCCCACUGCCCCAGAAGUGGCUGGAGCACCUCCAAGGGGGAUGCCCCUGCAGCCCCCACACUCUCUGGCCAUGAUGCACUUUAGUUCUUGCGUUGUCCCCGAGGGAGGAAGGGCCUGGGAGGAGACGGUCACUUCGGGUGCUUCAGUUACUCUGUACAAAGACUUAUACAUACCCGUGUAAAUGCAGAUUUGUACAAACCCUAUAACUGUAAAAUAAACAGUUACUAAACA